ACGUUUUGGCUGGAAUAUGUUAUCUGCCUUGUUUUGUGGACUCGGCUAAGCUAAUAGCACACCUGCAUCUGUUUUCCAUUGCUCGUUGCUAAUCUAACUAAGCUUAGAUUUCUCCGCUUAACGUUUGCACCCUCAGCUGCAGAUGUGAAGUAAAUACUUGCUAACAGGACCUAGCUGCACUAGUAUGAGGGCCAACUUAUUCCAAGACAGAUCUGUCAACAUUUAAAGAGCAAGCAUGAGUGUCAUGGAUCAAGACCAGAGACUUUAUCCAAGUUGCCAUCACAAAACAACAGUAUCUAGGGAUCCAUCAGACAUCCAUGAGCUUAACAAGCAACCUCUCCAAGACUUAAUAUUGGCAUCACAUGCAGUCCUGGAGAAAGCGCAGCAGAGUGGCAGAUUGAAGUGCUCUAAAUGUGGAGGAUCAAGGAUGUUCUUCUGCUACACAUGUUGCUCAUUAGUGGGUGUUAGCGUGCAAGAAAUUCCCUUAAUCAAGCUUCCUGUGAAGAUGGACAUCAUAAAGCAUCCCAAUGAAACAGACGGCAAGAGCACCGCAAUCCAUGCAAAGAUUCUCGCACCCAAUGAUGUCACAAUAUAUACCUACCCAUGCAUUCCUGAAUAUGAAAAUGACAAGGUGGUGUUGGUGUUCCCUGGCCAGGGGGCCGUCUCAGUUGAAGACAUGAUGCAGUACUUAGGUGACAGGAGCAACAAAAGGUCACAUGACACCUUUGAUGAACUCCCCAUAAAGAGGCUGAAAAGUGAGGAAGUUCAAGGUGCCACACAUGUUGCCACGAACCCAGAGUCAGGAGCUUCAGAUGAAGAAAAGAGCUUGAAGUCGAGGCUGUAUCCCCUGGAGAAGGUGGUCUUCAUCGACAGCACAUGGAACCAGACCAACAAGAUCAGCACAGACGAGAGGCUGCAGGGUUUGCUUCAGGUUGAACUCAAGACGAGAAAAACAUGUUUCUGGCGUCGUCAGAAGGGCAAACCGGACACCUACCUUGCUACUAUUGAGGCAAUUUAUUAUUUUCUCAAGGACUUCCAUCAGCAUUACCUUACUCAGGACUACAACGGAGAAUAUGAUAACCUCCUCUUCUUCUACUCAUACCUGCACUCAGUAGUCAACAAAGCUAAAACAUCUGCUGGAAAAUACUGAGGAAAGCUGUGUGGAAAAACUGAAGUCUACUACCAGAGACUGAACCUUGGCUAAGGAGCAGAUUUAUAUGCAAGCCCCCAAUAUAUGAUGGUAUUUUAUGGCUCAGAUGUUUUUAUUUUUUAAUACAAUGACAUCAAUGUGUAAGAAGGUGAAAUAAAAAAAAG